ACUACACCUUGACAUAGAAACACACACGCACAUUCACACAUAGAGACACCAUGGAGGCGCCCGACGACAUCCGCACCCGCUCGCAGAGCUACCUGACAAGCUCCCUUGAGCUUCCUCCCUCGCUCGCGACGUCUCUCGAGGCGGCGCUCUUUUCGCUCGCAGCGCCCGAGGAGCCGCAGGGCGACCCGACGGGCAACGCAUACAGGCAGCGCGUGCGGCAGGUCGCGCUGAAUCUCCAGCAGAACCAGGAGCUGCUUGGCCAGCUUCGGUCAGGCAAGGUAAGCGUAGAUGAGGUGGCGCAGAUGGACCCAGAGGAGAUGAAGACGGUAGAGCGAGCGGGCGAGGACAAGGCGCUGAAGCAGGAGGCACUCGAAGGCUCUCGUGGUCAAAACUUCCUCGUUCCCGUGGGCGCUACAGGAGGUCAGCAGGCAGCCCCUGCUGCAUCGGAGGAGCUGUCACAGGAGGGCGAAGUGGGAGCGCAGGAGGCAAGCCUCGGCGAGGAGGGCGACCAGAGGGUGCGAGCCCAGCCCAAGAUUGCUGGUCUGGAAGGCAUCGAGUUCGAGUCUGGCCUGUAAUGCACGAAUGUAGUAGUAAUGUAUUAUCGGAAAGAAGCCCGUAG